AUGAGCACCUUGGAUAUUCGCGAUGCCUCUCGAACACUACGGUUGGUGACGUUUAAUGUGAAUGGGGUCAAGACUUUGUUCAACUACCAUCCGUGGCGAGACACCAACGGCAACCUUGACGAAGUGCUUUCAAAGUUUAACGCCGAUGUGGUGACCUUCCAGGAACUUAAGCUUAACCGCGACUCCUUAUCAAGUAUAAAAGAUAUUGGCCAUCUCAAACACUUCCGCUCGUUUAUUACUGUACCCACGACUAAGAGAGGCUACUCUGGUGUCGGAGUAUUUGUGUCUAACCGAUGUCACGUCGUGAAGGCAGAAGAAGGAAUGACAGGGCACCUUUGCCCUCAAGGCUCCGCUGAAUGCUAUCGUGAUCAAAAUGAUGGCAUAGGUGGAUACCCAGAAGUGGACAAACGACGAGGUCUACAGUUGGAUGCUGAAGGUCGAGCCAUCACUAUUGAAUUAGCCGGUGGCUUAGUGAUCAUAUCGGUAUAUUGCCCAGCAAACUCGAUGGGUACCGAAGAAGGCGAGGAAUAUCGCAUGGACUUUCUUCGAUGUUUGUUUGAAAGGUGUAGAUUACUUCACCAACAGGGCAAACAAGUGAUACUCAUGGGCGAUAUAAACGUAUCGCCAUCGCUCAUCGACCACGCCGACACUUUAGCCGAAUUCAGCAUCCUGGGCGAGAUUGGCCCCAUCAACUCUGCUUUAGAGAAGCACUCUCCUGAGGCAUGUGCUAAGUUCAAGACUAUCAGACCCUCCCGAAUGCUUCUUAAUGAAUAUCUCUAUCGCCCUAAUCGGGAGCAAAACCCAAAGCGGAUAUUCAUUGAUACAACACGUACCAUACAAAAGCAACGAGUGAGAAUGUAUACCGUGUGGAACACUCAAAAGAAUUGUCGUGAGAUCAACCACGGUCUGCGUAUUGACCUUAUUCUUGCGACUUCUGAUCUUAAAGUGGUAAACGCUAACAUAUGGCCCGAUAUCAUGGGUCUGGACCAUUGUCCAGUAUUUACUGAUUUUGAAUGGCUGUGGGAUACUGACAAACCAUCACCAACAACUAAAAUCCCAUUCGAGGCAAAGACUCAUUAUAAGAUGAAGAAAACUCAUGAAAUAAGUGCAUUUUUCGGUCGCAAACGAAAUCAUGACGAUUCAGCCACCGCAAGCCCAGACCCGCCCUCCACUGAGGCUUCUGUCGUUUCAAUUGAGACGACGACAUCGUCUGCCAAUAACUCAGAUGCUUCUACGAAAACUCUAAAACUACAGUACGUCUCCAGGAAGAAGACGAAGUUACAAUCUAAACCAUCGGACACUAAGGGGAUUACAGGAUUCUUCAAAUAA